UACAUUCUCUAAGUUAUAUAUAAUUACUCUUUUCAGACUCUUUCUCUCUUCUCAUGGCGUCUGUUCAAUAUGGUUUGGAUCAAGGCAUGGAGACUUUCAACGAUGAGCUUAUGAUCAUGUCGUUUUUAGAAGAAGAAUCCCCAGCUGAAAAUCAUAUCAGCGUUACCGAAGAGGAAGAAGAGAAACUAAACCGUGUAAUUAGAUCGUUAGAAGUGGAGAUCAACAUGAGUUCUCCGACCAUAGAAUCUCAAAAAACGGAUCUGCAAGAGAUCACGAAACCCGGUCUUGAAGAUGAUUUUGGGUGGCUUAACGACUUUGAUAUUGGCCUGGUUUCGUCUCAAAAUGAUGAUGAGAUGAUGAAAUUGUGUACGGAACUUUCUUACAUGGAUGGUGUGGAUAGUAGUGUUCUUGAGAUUGAAGGUAGUGAUUAUUAUUCUCAUAUUAACUAUGGACUUACAUUUGAGGAACCAAGUCUUUCUCUGUGGCAAGAGAAUAAUAAUGAUGUAGUUAUGUAUUGAUUGGUUUCAUGAAGUCCUGGUUUAAGAAAAGCUGUUUCAAUAUCAGUUGAUUAUUAUAUAAAUAAUGUAAUGAUUACUUGAGAAGACUAAUUACCAAAACUAGCAUAUGUA